GACAAACACUAAAUAUAUAUUUUUAUAAAAGGCGUUUGAAAUCUCAAGCGGCAAUUUCACUGUUUCUCUCUCUCUUCCUUCAUUGAAUUUCUGUCUUCUAUCUUACGGCUAGAUCGAGGAGAGAGAAAACUCUGUUUAGAGAGAGAAACUAAAUCAAUCAAUAACAAUGGCGUUUAUGUCGUUUGUUGGUCGAGUACUCUUCGUUUCUGUCUUCAUCCUCUCUGUUUGGCAAGAGUUCAAUGACUUUGGUGCUGACGGUGGGCCCGCGGCUAGGGCAUUGCGUCCAAAGUUCAAUGCUUUUUCUAAACAUGUGCUAUCACACACUGGGUUUAAACUGCCUUCAGUUGAGAUGCAACAUUUAAUUGCUGCCUCAAUAGCCUUGAAGGGACUUGGAAGUCUUCUUUUCAUAUUGGGAAGCUCUUUUGGAGCUUAUCUUCUCAUUUUGCACCAAGUGCUUGCUACCCCUAUCCUGUAUGACUUUUACAACUAUGAUGCUGAUCACAAGGAAUUUGCGCAACUCUUUGUCAAGUUUACCCAGAAUUUGGCACUUUUUGGCGCUCUGCUUUUCUUCAUUGGCAUGAAGAAUUCUAUGCCAAGACGGCAAGUAAAGAAGAAGGCCCCCAAGGCAAAAGCAAUGUAAGAAGAGUUUGGGAGUUUAAUCGUAGCUGAGGACAAGGACACAAGCAAAGGAUUAUGAGAACUGUUACCCUUUUCUGGACGUAAUUUUUGUACCCAUUGUAUCCAUUCCCUUCUAGUUGUCGCUGGAUCUCCUUUAUUUUAACCUACUCCGUAGUUUCUUGAUUUUGGCUCUUGCUGUAUUUUUUUUCUUCCCAACGUAGACUUAAAUCUUAUAUUGAUGUUAAUGCAAAGAUAUUGUAGGCACAUUUCAUAUUUUCAUGGUGAUACAUGUCAUAUUUAGACUCAUUAUA